AUGCCACUUCCAACGUACGAAAACCAGUCAACUUGGAAAGAAAUCCAAAAGUUCCUCCCUGAGUCUAUUCAUUUCGACGAAAGCCACACCCUUGCCGUCGAUAUGCCAAUGUACGGCAUGACAAAGGUGGCUGCUGGAACAACAGUCGCCUGCGAGGAUUGGGUCAACAUCGGUGAUGACUUUGUCAACUUUGAGCUUGAGCAUGAUCCAAGGCCCGUUGUCCUCUAUGGUCUCAGAGCUGAAAGGAUGCUCACUUCCUACAUUGCCGCGCUCAACAAGUCAAAGCUCUUCGCACCAAUUCCUUUCCUGCGCAACAUCUCGAUUCCGUUCUACUUGGCCUCCAAGAUGUGGGUACUCGCCAACGACACUGCAGCAAUGAGGAUCUUCAUGGGUGACAGAACAUCCGCCGCACAUUGGACUUCAAUGCGUUUCCUCUCCUACGUGCCCGAUUCUUCUGACGAACCUGAGAAGGACCUCUGGACUCCUUUGCUCUUGGCUGAAUUGUUCUUGAAGAGAGUUAAGAAGGUUGAUGUUAAGAUUGUGAUGUCGGAGAACGCGGGACAUUAUUAUCUGGAACAGCUUGGUCGGGGACAGAUGCAUGAGGCCAUCCUAUUAUUUCUCAAGGGUAUCGAGGCUUCCCUUUAG